UCACGGCUGCACGUAGAUAGGCUACGGAGUCGGAACAUAUUUACCUCGUAAUUGUGGGAAAUUGGAUAAUAAGAGAAAAGAAUGGAUUACCUUACAUAAUUUUUAAGACCGUGAUGCUUAAUAAUGACCUUUGAAUACGGAGUGUAGUUUAAUGGUGAAAACGUAUUACAUCGAUAUGAUGGAGACUAACCAAGGCAAAAGGACACUGCAGUGGGGCUGGCCAUUUUUUUAUCUUGUGGUUCUGUCGUUGUUGAGCCGAAGAGGAUCUUGUCAAGUCCGUUACUCCAUCCAGGAGGAAUUACCGCUCGGUUCCGUGGUGGGGAAUGUGGCUAAAGACGUGGGGUUGGAUAGACGCGUGUUGGUGGAUCGGAACCUGCGUAUUGUGACGGGAACAAAGCAGGAUCUUUUCCAGGUAAACCAGAGUGACGGCGCUUUGUUUGUUAACCAGAGAAUAGACAGAGAGGACCUAUGCGGUAAGACGUCUCAAUGUUUUAUUAACCUUAAAGCUGUGGUACAGAAUCCAUUAGAAAUGCAUCAGAUUACUGUUCAGAUUAUGGAUGUCAAUGACCAUUCCCCCAGUUUCCCCAGUAAAGAGACUCGCAUCGAAAUUUCUGAAUCCGCCACGCCUGGAACUCGCUUUCAGUUAGAAGGUGCUAGAGACCCAGAUGUAGGCGUAAAUGGGUUACGAUUGUAUAAACUAGAACAAAAUGAACAUUUCCGAUUGGAAAUAGAGGAUCUCAACGAGAAUAAUAAAAUUCCCUUCUUAACGUUACAAAAGGCCCUGGACAGGGAAGACAAACCGUAUCUCAAUUUACUGCUGACCGCUUUGGAUGGGGGCAAUCCUUCGCGAACCGCUACUUUGAACAUUGCGGUAAUUGUUUUAGAUGUUAAUGAUAAUGCACCAGUUUGUAACGAAAAGAAAUACACAGUGACUAUAACGGAAAAUUCCCCAGUAGAUACUGUAGUCUUGCAAGUGAAUGCGACUGAUUUGGAUGACGGCGCCAACGGGGAAAUAACAUAUUUAUUUGGAAAUAAAUUCAGAAGCAAAGCGACAGAAUUGUUUGAUUUAGACAGAAAAACUGGAGAAAUAAAAGUUAAAGGUCUUGUUGACUAUGAAUUGGAACACAUUUAUGAAAUAAAUAUCCAGGCCUCAGAUGCAGGACAAGUCCCACUGUCAACCCAUUGCAACGUUUUUGUACAUGUAGAGGAUAUGAAUGAUAACCGACCGGAGAUAGACAUCACCUCGCAGUCCAGCCAGAUUCCAGAGAACGCGCCUGUAGGUACCGUAGUGGCGCUGAUUGGAGUAACUGACCUGGACUCAGGUGUGAAUGGACAGGUAGUUUGUACGCUGCCUGAAGACAUGCCGUUUGAACUGAAACAUUCAAGUGAGGACAAUUUCUAUUCGUUAGUAACAAAGAGCCGCUUAGACAGAGAGUUGGUACCACAGUACGAAAUAAUUAUAACUGCAAGGGACCUGGGAACCCCUUCGUUAUCCUCCAUUAAGACAGUCCGUGUGGAAUUAUCAGACGUUAACGACAACAGUCCGGUCUUCUCACACAGUCCCUACACCUUCUAUAUAAUGGAAAAUAACGACCCCGGUGCAUCUAUAUUCGCCACCAGCGCCUCUGAUGCAGAUGAAAAUGAAAAUGCCCAGAUUUCAUAUUCCCUGGAACAUGUCAUUUCAGGUCAAAGUGUAACAUCUUUCUUAAACAUUAACCCUGAUAAUGGUAACAUCUACGCAUUGAAAAGCUUUGACUUUGAAACAAUGAAAACCUUCCACUUCCAAGUGGUAGCUAAAGACUCCGGAACCCCGUCACUAAGCAGCAACGUCAUAGUUAAUGUGUUUAUUCUGGAUCAGAACGACAACCCUCCGGUCAUCCUGUCUCCUGCCAAUACUAAUGGAUCUGCUGAGGGUGUGGUGGAGAUUCCCCGUAAUGCAAAUGCAGGUCAUUUGGUGACUAAAGUUAGAACCUACGACCCUGACAUAGGAUACAAUGGCUGGUUGUCAUUCUCUCUGCAGCAAGUCACAGACCCCAGUCUCUUUGGUUUGGAGCGCUACACAGGAGAGAUCAGGACACUUCGGUCAUUCACUGAAUCAGACGAAGUUGUACAUAAACUGGUUGUACUGGUAAAAGACAAUGGGAACAUCUCACUGUCAGCUUCGGCUACCGUGGUUAUAAAUGCAUUGGAGACCAAAGAGAAAUUUCCAUCUUCUGAUAUUAAACGCUCAGUAAAGAAGGAAGAGGAGAACAACAUCACCUUGUAUCUGAUGAUCUCUCUGGGCUCAGUUUCAGCGCUUUUUGUAUUCAGUAUAAUCGGCCUGAUAGUCAUGCAGUGCUCUAAACCUCCAGACUAUUCCACCAAGUACUCACGUGAUUCCAACUGCAUAGACACGAGCGGGAACGGAACUCUGUGUCACAGCAUCCAGUACAGAUCCGGAGAGAAGCGGUACAUGUUAGUUGGACCCAGGACAAGUAUAGGCUCUACUAUUGUCUCUGGAAGCAACGGGAACACUCUGGUGGUCCAAGAAUACAAUAAGAGAGUUUCUGGUGAGGUAAGACUAAUUUUAACAUAA